GAGGCGGGGCCGGCGCUGGAGGGAGCCUUCGCUGCUCGGCAGCUCGGGGCGGGCUCGGUUGCGCGGCGGGACUCGGGGCCGGACGGACGGAGGCGCUGUCGGGAGGAAAAUGGCGCUGACUCAGGGGACCAAGCGGAAAGUCUGCUACUACUACGACGGGGACAUCGGAAACUAUUAUUAUGGCCAAGGUCACCCUAUGAAACCCCACCGAAUCAGAAUGACUCACAACCUCCUCCUGAACUAUGGCCUUUACAGAAAAAUGGAGAUCUAUAGACCCUACAAAGCAAGUGCUGAGGAAAUGACCAAAUACCACAGUGACGACUACAUCAAAUUUCUGCGGUCGAUUCGUCCAGAUAACAUGUCUGAAUACAGCAAGCAGAUGCAGCGAUUCAAUGUUGGAGAGGAUUGCCCAGUGUUCGAUGGCUUGUUUGAGUUUUGUCAGCUUUCUACAGGUGGUUCUGUAGCCAGUGCAGUGAAGCUGAACAAGCAGCAGACGGACAUCGCUGUGAACUGGGCAGGAGGCCUGCAUCACGCCAAGAAGUCGGAGGCUUCGGGCUUCUGUUACGUCAACGACAUUGUCCUGGCCAUCUUGGAGUUGCUCAAGUACCACCAGAGGGUGUUGUAUGUCGACAUAGACAUUCACCAUGGUGACGGGGUAGAGGAGGCCUUUUACACCACGGACCGGGUCAUGACCGCUUCCUUCCAUAAGUAUGGCGAAUACUUCCCAGGAACAGGGGACCUGCGGGACAUUGGUGCGGGUAAAGGGAAGUACUAUGCCGUCAACUACCCUCUCCGGGAUGGAAUAGACGACGAGUCCUAUGAAGCCAUCUUCAAGCCGGUGAUGUCGAAAGUGAUGGAGACGUUCCAGCCGAGCGCGGUGGCCUUGCAGUGCGGUUCAGAUUCCUUAUCGGGCGACAGGUUGGGUUGUUUUAACCUGACCAUUAAAGGUCAUGCCAAGUGUGUCGAGUUCAUCAAAAGCUUUAACUUGCCCAUGUUGAUGCUGGGAGGGGGCGGCUACACGAUCCGCAAUGUGGCAAGGUGCUGGACGUACGAGACCGCCGUUGCUUUGAACACAGAGAUCCCCAAUGAGCUUCCGUACAAUGAUUACUUUGAAUAUUUCGGCCCGGAUUUCAAGCUCCACAUCAGCCCCUCCAACAUGACCAACCAGAACACCAAUGAAUAUCUGGAGAAGAUCAAGCAGCGCCUCUUUGAGAAUCUACGGAUGCUUCCCCACGCUCCUGGAGUCCAGAUGCAGCCGAUCCCGGAGGACGCUGUGCCAGAGGACAGUGGAGACGAAGAGGAGGAAGAUCCGGACAAACGCAUUUCCAUCCGCUCAUCAGACAAGAGAAUAGCUUGCGACGAGGAAUUCUCUGACUCCGAAGAUGAAGGGGAAGGUGGCCGCAAGAACGUGGCCAAUUUCAAGAAGGCCAAACGGGCAAAAACGGAGGAAGAGGAGAAAGAGGAGGACAAGAAAGAAGUAAAAGAGGAGGAGAAGGCAAAAGAUGAGACGGCAGAGCCCAAAGGGGUCAAGGAAGAGAUGAAAUCGACCUAAGAAGCUGGCAGCUGGGUCACCCCUCAGCCACAGGUUCCCCUGGGUUGGUCUCUCUGGUACCCACCCAUUCCACAAGAUUUGUAUUUUAUACGUUUCUGUAGAUAUUUCUAUAUAAAUAUAUUGGGGUCCUGAGACCCGGGUGGUGUUUCUCACUGUGCUCCCUGGGCCAGCUUUGGGGAGGACUCUGCCUGGCCCAGAGUCCCACCUGGCUUCAGGAAGUCCAGCCAGAGAGGCACCCUUAUUCUCACGUUCCUGCCACUGCCUCACUGGGGACGUGUGUGUGUGUGUGUGUGUGUGUGUGUGUGUGUGUGUGUGUGUGUGUUCUGUUGUUGUUCUUUUAAAAAACGACUCCCUUUCCCCUGCACUUUCUCUUCUUUUUCUUCUUCUUUUGAAAUGGUAAUUUCCCCUUGGGGGAACUGUGUGAUCUGGGGGCUUUGUUAUGUCUUGUUCCUUUCUAGUUUUUUGAGGUGUGGAUACAGCCAUAAAACUUGGGGUGGGGGUGGGGCUUGGUGUUGGGAACAGUCCUGCCCCUGCAGACAUCCACCAGGUAAUGCUGCUGCUGCUCUUCUUCCUCCUCCUCCUCCUCAGGGGUCAGGAUGCAGGCCUGAUGCCUGGAUUCCUGCGAGCAGAUCUUUCGGGGCUGGGAUGAAAGGUCAGGGGAGGAGUGCCGAUGCUCCUUGGAACAUGAAUUCUGCACACAAACGUCUCUCUGCCCGUUUUCUUGCCACCCUCAUGGCCUUUCCUUCAGAGCCACCUCUGCGCAAUAUGUUGGCCAGCAAGAGGUGGCCCUUUUGGAAAUCUGCCUUUCUAACAGCCCGUGUGCUCCCUCUGUGCUUUCGAGCAGGAGUGUGCUCAGCCUGACCAGUGCUCGGCCUGACAUGCCCAAGCAGGCACAGCUGCCUCUGCUUCCUUGAGCUCUCCUGCCACAGGCUGGCCACUCGUCAGGUAGAGCUGCGUGGCUAGCAGCUCAGCUCUACCUGGCGAAUGGCCAGCCUGCAGGCUCUCAUUCGUGCUGGGGCUGGGCAAGAUGAGAGAGGAGCAAGCAGAGUUGGAGGAAGCAGAGGCAGCCGGGCAGUACCUGCUCUGGCACACACACCUGGCCCCCAGCUCCUGUGGAUGAGCCACUCCUGCUUUAGAGAAGGGCUCGGAGGAGUGCUUUGGACAGCUGCGUGUGUGUUGGCAACCUGAGGGCAAGCAGGGGGAGGAUGGGAUUCCUCAGAGCGCCACCGGAAAGGGUCAGACCCAGCAAUGCUGCUAACAUAGCCAUGUCACUCUUACGGGGUGGGCGGGUGGGCAAGGAAAGGGUUUUAUUUUUUUAAGCCUCUAGUCUAGCUGGGUUGUGUUUUGUUUUUUUUUAAAGUCUCUUGGAUACGAGUUCCAUGCAGCUCUUUGAUACUUGUACUGGUGAAAUGAAAGAUCAUUGUAUUUGUGUGGGGGAGGGGGCGGCGGCAAGGGGGACAGGGAAGAUAUAUAUUGUGGUUUUUUUAAAAAAAAUAAAAGACAACUUUUUAUUUUCAUUUUUUUGGAGAGAGAAAACUUUGUAAUAAAAUUGGUCUGUUUCUGUG